AGUAAAAGUGUGUCAAUCAUAUGUGCCAAUUGUAUCACACGUAUGUAAGCCAUGAGUAUUGAAUUAAAUCUCACGCAAGUGUGAGUCAGCUGUGAAUUCAGUGGUUUGUGUGAUGUGUAUUGCAUUGCAUUGUGUAUUGCAUUGUAUAUUGCAUUGCAUUCUAUAGUAUUGUAUGCUAUUGUAUGUCAUUCAGUGUUAACACAAUAAUUAUUAUCAAAUCGUUUAGUAUUUAAAUCAAAUAAUUUAAUUGCUUUUAAUUGCAAUUUAAAAAAUAAAAUGUUUAUUCAAUUUGUUUGAUAUAAUUCUUGAAAAAUAAGAUGCAAUGAGACGUGUAAUAUAUGUCCAAAUAUUUAGUAUAAUUAUGUCUAUGCAUUGAUAUCUAUAGUUAUAGUAGUAUUGAUGCCAACCAUUAGGUAUUAAUAGCCAACAAUCGCACACAUCAUCUGAUAAAUGAAUUAAUGAUUUAAUGAAUUAAUCGUAUGAUUAGUAAACUAUAAUCAUUACAAUUGAUGUCUAAAAAUGAUUUAUUUAACUAAAUUUGAUUCAAAUUUAUCGCAAUACUGGAACUCACAUAUAAAACAUUUGAAUCACAAUGCACCGAUGCGAAAGUCCGGCACUUGUUUUGAUUUCGACAGUUCCUUGACUUCUGUAAAAGCCAUCAAAAAAGCACUGUUUGAAAAGGAUCCCGAAGCUGAUCCAGAGGUGAAUCCUCGAAUGAUAACACUGAGCACAAGUGCCCCGCCGUCGACCACAACCAGCAGUUUAUUAGGAAAUUUUGAAGAAUCGGUAUUAAAUGGUAGGAUAGAGCCCGUCAGCACAGUUGAAGGCUUUACAGCCGAGUUGGGGGCCAGCGGUAGCUUUUGUCCGCGACAUAAGACAUACGCUGUAACUGUAUUUUUUUAUACAUUACAAGACACGGAUAAGAUGGACAAAGUGUCGUCACCUUAUUUGGGUCACAUUAGUUUAGGUAAAAAAGGUUAUCAUAUCCCACGUCAAGGCACUGUUCAAGUGACGUUAUUCAACCCUCACGGCACUGUCGUUAAGAUGUUUGUUGUGCCCUACGAUCUCAAUGAUAUGCCGCCCAAUUGUAAGACAUUUAUACGACAAAGAACUCUGUUUAUGCCGAGUGAGGCCAAUGAGAGAGAUCCCGAUAAUAGAAAAUGGCUCCGAUAUCUCAUUCAUCUCAGGGUCGAGAGCUCUAAAUCGGGUCGAAUAUAUCUUCAUACGGAUGUCAGGAUAAUAGUGUUCCGAAAGCACGAUCUGGAUGUGGCCACCAUUAAUGGACAAUUACCAUAUGAAUUACGAUCAUUCACUCAAUGUCCAGUUAAUCCCAAAUAUUCAUAACAUAACUUUUACUAAUAGUUAGUU